UUAAGAAUUAAGACAAAAAAAAAAAAAACAUUACUCUUGAGCAAAAAUCGAAUGAAGUUUCACUUGGAGGUCAAACUUCGACUACGGAAAUAUUAGGUCCUAUAUCUGUUACUCAAACACAGAUGCAUUCUGAGAAAGAGGAUAUUAUUUUAAAAACAACUUUUGAAGCAAAAGUGCAUGCUGAUACUAAUAGCCAAACUUUAAAAGAGAUUUCCAAGAAUGACGAGGCUACAAAGACACAAAUACAAGUUCCCGUAGACAGUGUUCAUGCAGGAGAAGCACUUUCAAAAAAACAAGCAUCAAUUGGGUUUGGAGAAUCUGCAAUCUAUGUUGCCCAAUCGAAUCCGAGUUUGAAUGUCGAUUUAAUGAAAUUACAAGAAGAAAAUUAUAUUGAAGCCUUUUAUCGUAUGCAUACAGAGUUGAUGGAAAGAAUGGAUUUUCUGACGGCACAAAAUCAGACAAUCAUACAACAACUGGUCUUGAUAUUUCAAAAAUUAGACAAAACUAGCAAUGAAGAAACAGAGAAAUUGUCAGAAACAUUCUCAUCACCUCUCACAGGAUUCCCAUUAAAAGAACUUGAGGAAUUUAAUAAGUUCGAAUCAGAAGAUGGAAAGGAGACUCGCGCAAAACUUUAUAAACAUUUACUUAACAAUGGAGGGUUUUCUUUGAGAAGCUUUUUGUCAUGUGCAAUGCGUCAGACAAUAUCAGAUAAGCUAGUUUGCAGUUUUACUUGGAAUGGACAAGACGAUACCAUAAAAUUUAGCGAGACAAAAGUUGCGAAUGUUUUUUAUCAAUCUUCCAAACGGUGUAUCAAUUUUCAAGGUCCUUUAAAUAAGGAAGAAUUUAAAACUCAUAUGCUCGAAGUGCUGCGGCAUACAAAACAGCGGUUUAGAAAAAAUUUUUAAAAAAAUCUUCCGUCCACAGCUGACGAAAUAUUGCGGCAAAUUGAAAGAUUAGAAGAAGAAGAAGCUGCAAAUCAUGAAGAAGAAGAAUCAGCAGAAGGAGAAGAGGAGGACGAAGAAUAUGGAGGAGAAGGAGAAGAUAAUGAGAACUAUGAUGGUGGUGAUGAGCGUGAUCCAUAAAACCAGUAAAUCAUUUCACUUUGAAACUUCGUUUUAUAAGAAUUUAAAGUAAAUUAUUCUAUUUUCGUGAAUUCAU